AUGUCCUUCCUCGGCGGCCCAGAAUGCUCCACCGGCAGCAACCCUCUCGCCCAAUUCCAGAAACAAACCGGAGCCGACACAUCCCUCCAACGUGACCGCCUCACCUCACGACCACAGCAGUACGGUGGCUUUCGAACACAACAGCAAGCUGGACCAGGCGAUCAAGCCUUUCAGGAUUUCCAGCAGCAGGGUCCUGGGUUUGCUGAGCAGUUGCCUGCUGAUGCGGCGUAUUUGGAGCAGUUGGAGCGGGAACAUGCUCAGAUCGUCGCUGCUGGUGGCGGAGGCGGAGGUGGCGGCGGUGGAUGGGCUGGCGAGUUCGCCAAGCAGCCCAUGGGUAAUGGGUUCCAACCUGAGUUGUUCCAACAGCAGAGCCGGGAAGCGGGUUUCAGUCCCCAAGACUUUGCCAAUUUCCGGUCUCACCAGCAGGGUCCUAUCCAGCGGGAUACGCAGAGUCCGCUAGCGCAGCAAAACUCGAUGUAUCAACGUCCGCCUAUGUACGGCUCUACUUUCGGCGGUGGUGGCGGUGGAUUCGGCAUGCAGAGGCCGAUGAUGUUUCAACAGAACCAGUCUAUGUUUAAUCAAGGUGCUCAGCAGCAGCAACAGUAUGAGGGGAAAGGGAAGGGGAGGGUUCAGGAGCUGAGCGAUACGGAUUGGGAGAAGCAGUUUGAGGAGUUGAGUACGCAGGACAAAGAGCAGGAUCUGGAUCAACUUGAUACGGAGGCUGAGGAGGCGAUUGAGGCGGAACUGAACCAGAUGGAUAGCGGCUUCGGCAAUUUCGAGGACAUCUGGAAGACUUAUCAGGCAGAGACUAACGCGGCCAGGGAUAUGCUCGCCGAUGACGAACUGGGCCAUAUGGGCGAUUACGAUGAAUGGAAAGAUUUCGACGGCCUCGGGCAUGACUUUGACGGGAUGAGGACGUUUACCUCGCAGGGCCCGGAACUAGGGAACUAUUUGUUUGAGGAGAAUAAUUUGUUUGAGAACACACCGAAUGCUUUCGAGGAAGGAAUGAAGAUCAUGCGUGAAGGUGGGAAUCUGAGCUUAGCGGCUCUGGCGUUCGAGGCGGCGGUGAAGAGGGAGCCGGAGUUUGCGGAGGCAUGGGUCGCUCUUGGCGGUGCGCAGGCGCAGAAUGAGAAGGAGUCGCCUGCUAUUCGGGCUAUGGAGCAAGCGCUCAAGAUCGACCCGAAUAAUCUUGAUGCGCUUAUGGGGUUGAGUGUGAGCUAUACGAAUGAGGGGUAUGAUACUCUUGCCUACCGGACGUUGGAGAGGUGGGUUGGAGUCAAGUACCCUCAACUUGGUGUUACGCCACGCGGUCUUGGGGAUGAGGGAGAGAUGGAAGAGGAGAUUGGAUUCACGGACCGCCAUAUUCUGCAUGAGAAGGUCACGAAUUUGUUUCUCGAAGCGGCACAGAUGAAUCCUGAUGGCGCGGAGUUGGAUGUAGAUGUCCAGGUUGGGUUGGGCGUGCUGUUUUAUGGCAGUGAGGAUUAUGAUAAGGCGGUUGAUUGCUUUACCGCUGCCUUGAACAGCGCACACCAUGGUACAUUGAAGCGGGAAGGGGAGGAGCAUCUCCUUUGGAAUCGACUGGGUGCUACUUUGGCGAACAGUGGGAGGAGUGAGGAGGCUAUUGGGGCUUAUUCAAGGGCUUUGGACCUCCGGGCUAAUUUCGUGAGGGCGAGGUAUAACCUGGGAGUGUCCUGCAUCAAUUUGGGCGUCCUGGAACAAGCGGCCGGACAUCUACUCGGUGCACUUUCUAUGCAUCGUGUCCUGGAGCGCGAGGGUCGAGAUAAGGCGGCGGAGUUGCUCAAAGAUGGCAGUGGUAAUAACGUGGACGAUCGCGCCGUGGAAGAUCUGCUUCAGCAAAACCAGAGCACAAACCUCUACGAUACCCUUCGCCGUGUCUUUACUCAGAUGUCGAGGCGGGAUCUGGCAGAGGGUGUGGGGCCGGAUAUGAAUCUUGAUGCGUUGAGAGGGGAGUUUGAUUUCUAA